CGUGGACGGAGACUCCCAGGGCAUCACAACCGGGGGAGCACUUUGGAUAACCUGUUUUUAUCUUUGACCCUUUCUGCUCCAGCAGCCUGAAGAGGAGGAGGUCUGAGCCUGAGUUCAGUGAAGAGGAGGAAGAGGAGGAGACAGGCAGGAAUAAAAAGAAGAAGCAGAGAGGGGAGGACCGACAGUAAGAGGAGAAGAGAAGCAGAGACGGACCAGAGGCUGUUGCUCAAAGAUGGAUCUAGAUUUUCUUCACGCCCUGGAGAGAGAGAGAGUCCUGGAUGUCCUGCGGAGAGACAAACAGCUGCGUAUCAUAGAGGAAGACAGGAUCAGGAAAAUGAAAUACGAGCUCCAGGAGCUUCGGAGACGAGGCGCCAAGAGUUUCACGCGGCAGUACGGCGAGCGGACAUGCGCCCGCUGCCAGAGGCCUCUGGGAAAGUUCUGGAACUCGGGCGACGUCUGCCACGGCUGCAGCCACCGCAUCUGCAGCCGGUGUCGUGUGGGCGUGGGAGCGUCGGGCUGGACGUGCACAGUCUGUUACGCCUACAGCGAGGUGAAGAUCAGGUCUGGAGAUUGGUUCCUGGAGGAAAAGUUAAAGAAGUUUCCCGUCUCCGAAGACAAAUAUGAAACAGUCGGUGAGAAGCUGUUGCAAACCUACAAUGUCCUGAGCCAUAUAUCUGUGGUGCCGCCCACUCCUCCACCACAUCUGGAUCACUUUCUAAGCAGAUCGGGGAGUUUGAACAACUCAAAACCUUUCACCAAAUCGGUGGAGGAUCUUAUGGUUUCCUUCACGAGUCACAUGAGGAAUAUUUCAACUUCUCAAAACGACGUGCAGGCCGACCUGCUGUUCGUCGGCAACGGGCGCAAAGGGUCGUUAUUCACCUUCACCCACCAGAAGAGCCUGUCUGACACCGAAAUCAACAAAUCCUCUCGUCUUUUUAAAGUCCCAAGUCUCCCAAACCUGUUCAAGAAAACCAAAGACAGCGACCAGGAGGGGUCGUCCACCGGAGCCGAGGAAGAAACCUCCUUCGGCUCUGAGUGCUCCGCAGGAAAGAGAGGCAGCAGCAGCAGCGUGGGCACAGACUCCGGCCUCUUCGAGAGCGUCAGCGUGGCCGGAGAGCUGGAGCUGUCUCUGACCUACAACUCCGACGCCUCCUGUCUGGAGAUCACGGUUUGCGCCUGCAGAAAUCUCUCAUAUGGAAACACGAGGAAGAGGAGAUGUCACCCAUUCGUCAAAGUCUUCGUGCUGCCGGAAAAGAGCGGCAAAAUGAAGACGACGGUGAAGAAGAACACAACUGAUCCUGUUUAUAACGAGGUUUUAAAGUACCAGAUAGAGCGCCACCUGCUGUUUGGAAAGAGACUGCAGGCCUCCGUGUGGCAUUCAGGAACCCUGAGAAGGAAGGUGUUUCUGGGUGAAGUCCUCAUUCCACUGGACGGCCUGACGUGCGAAGAUAAAUCCUCCCAGAGCUUCAACUGGUACCCGCUGUGUCCCAAGCAGGCUGAGAGGCCAGAUGGUGGCGCUAUGGAGCAGGACGGAUGAGAACUGCUGGUCAGAGUCAUGCUCACCUCCGACAACAAGGGUGUCUAACUCUGGGACUGAAGGCAGAGAGUUCAUCCGGGUGACGCCCGUUUCUGAAGUCGAGACCAUCACCUGGGUGUCUCUCUCUCUCUCUCUCUCUCUCUCUCUCUCUCUCUCUCUCUCUCUCUCUUUCUCUCUCUCUGAACCUGGACAUGUGGGACCAAGGCCCCCCCAGCCUCUGAGGGACCCCUGGCAGGGGCCCGAAGAGACCAUGAGACAUUUCCAUCUCCUCAUCCUAAAUAGCUAAUCCUCUGAUAUCUCAUCUAUCUCACAUGUAUAAGCAGUGUAUACAAUUAAUGUAUGUUAAUAACUCACUAUAAACCAUUUGUAAGCAGAUAUAAGGAUGUUUUUAGUGAUUAGCAUUUGUAAAAGUUCAUGAAUAUGAAAUAAGAAAAAUCCUGUAUUUGUAAUUUUUU